UGAGCCGGCGCCGCUUUUGGGCCUCGCUCGGCAUGGAAGGCGCCCCGCUGGCCGCCAAGCCCCCCGUGCGGAGGACGGGAAGGCCGCGCAGGCAGCAGAAGGAGCCGCGGCCACGGCCCAGCCUCCCGGGCGGCGCGGGGCUGGAGGAGACCCCCGGCGGGGCCCAAAGGGGGGAGGCCGCCUCCGCUUCCUCCUGUGGGCGGUACCCUUUGCGACGAGGAAGUUCAUUCACGUUUCUAACUCCUGGAUCACAGUGGGAUUUUACUUUGAAAAGGAAGCGGAGAGAGAGAGACGAUGACGCGGUCAGUAUUUGUAGCUUCGAUCUGAAGGUAAUUAAAAUGUUCUCCCCUGAAUGUCCUGUCCAUUAA